AUGAAUAAUUUUACACUGAAAUUUAACAAUCCAGAGCUUGAACUUCAGUAUCAAGAAGAAAAAAUUCAAAAAAUAAGAAAGAGGGUAUUUUAUCUCUUUAUGGCUUUGGGUUUGAUUCUGAAUAUUUCUAAAGUGAUUCUUGAUAUUAUAGAAUUCAAGCCAUUCACUCAAUAUAUCAAUUAUACACUGAUUGGUCUCAUCAGCGUACUAGUUCCGAUUAGCAUAAAGUGGCCCAUUCAGAUUAGAUACACUCUGAUGGUGGCUAAUAUUUCAACAGCUUUGCUUUAGAUGAAUUUUACUGAUUCCACAACGCCUCAGAUGUAUUAUAGUUAUGGAAGCAAUUUUACAUAAUUCUAAACUUGUGCUUACUUUGUUUCAGAUUUUUUGGAUAGUGUUGUUCAGGUAAUUUGUCAUACAUUAAUAAAAUCAUCAAUCACAAUCUACUAAACCUAGAGUGUCGAUCCUUAAGAUAUUCUGAUGAGUGUGGGAGCAGCAAUAAUAAUUUCCAUGGUUAUUUACAUUAGUGACUCCCAUUCGCGAAAAGAAUUUCUAUAAAAUGUUUGCGAAAAUAUAUGGAGUCAGCAAUUACCGGAGAUUAUUAAAAAACCGUAUUUCCAAAUCACUUACAAUAAGAACUUGUUAUAAUUUAAUGUGCUGAGUUGGAAUGAGGUUGAGCGAUUCCCCUCCUAUUGCGAUCAGAUGUGUUAGGGAUGUAAUGUAAGAAGUUUUCUGAGAAUGUACAAAAGCAACGACAAAGAGUUGGGCUAAUAACUACAGGAGCUCAUUACAGGCACAAUUAAUGUGCACAAUGGAAAAUAUAAAUUUAAAAUCAGAAUCAUAAAUAUUGGUGUUGAUUAUGACCACAAAAUUAUUAUAUUAGAUAACACACUAACCCAAAAUACUGAUCUGACUCUAAUGAUGUCAAUCAAAAAGACAAUGAACUUUUACAUCAAACAAUCUUCAAGCAAAUCUUGUCAACUAUUUUUUAAUUGGGGAAUGAUGUCACUGCUUUUAAUUAAUGAUUUUACCAUUCAGGAAAUAUAACUUUAUAAAUUAAUUAAAAAAUUGAAUACUAUAUACCAGAAAUAAAAAUAAUUCGAUUUCUUUGUCAAAGGAGAUUAAAACAUUGUAUUCACAGGUUAUAUCAAUUUAAUUCGCAUAUACAUGAUUCAAGUUUACCAGAUUCUCACAUAAAUAUAUGAACAUCAAGAGAAGAAGAGGAAACGACACUCUGAAAACAAACCCAUCCCCAUUUUCUUAUCUAUCUACAAAGAAACAGACGCCAUUUGUAUCCAAUUACCACCGACUCUAAAUUACCUUCUAUUUAUAUGCAAAUACACAAAGAAUAUCUUCAUCUCCUAAAUUGAAUAGACUAUAUUGGCAGGCCCAAUAUCAAAUGAUUUAAAAAUCAAUUUCAAUACUUGUGUACCUUUCAAAAAAAUUUGA